AUGUCACCUUCCACUGUUGAACCCCCUAAAUUUGUCUUCUUAGAGAAGAAUGCUUUGAAGAUUCCAAAGGGACCCAAAGGUCCUUCUCCUUAUGCUGAAAAGCUAACUGAGGGUCCUUCGUAUAAGCAAUUCCCCACACCUUUAAAGGCAUCUGGUAAGCUUGACAACGAGUACAAGUUUGAUGAGAUUACUCCCCACAUUGGUAGGGAAUAUCCUGAAGCUCAAUUGAGUGAGAUUGUCAAGGAUGACGACAAGAUCCGCGAUCUAGCUAUCACCAUUUCCCGUCGAGGAGUAGUCUUUUUCAAAGCACAAGAUCUGUCUAUAGAAGAUCAAAAGACUCUUGCUGAUAAACUCGGUCGACUUACUGGUAAACCGGAGAAAUCCACUAUUCAUAUUCACCCUACCGCUCCUGCUGGUGGGGUAUUAAACAGCAACGGCUCAGGUCAAGUGGAUCCUGAGGUAUCUAUUAUCUCGUCAAAACUCCAAAAGCAACUGACACCAAAGGAAUUUAGGCACAAGAAAGCUGGUGAAGGUUUCCAUUCCGAUAUUACUUUUGAGCCAGUUCCUUCUGAUUAUGCUAUUUUGAAGAUUGUUGAAACCCCUCCUACUGGCGGAGAUACCUUGUGGGUGUCUGGAUACUCUUUGUAUGAGAAGCUGUCCCCUUCAUUCAGAGCAUUCCUCGAAACCUUGACCGGUACAUACUCUCAAGAAAACUUCCACAAGGCUGCUGAAAGGGGUAAUUUUGAAAUCUACGCUGCCGAGCGUGGUGCUCCUGAAAAUGUAGGUGAAGAUCUUAUUGCGCAUCAUCCCAUUGUGAGAACCAAUCCUGUUACUGGCUGGCGUUCUGUUUUCAGUAUUGGUGGGCAUUUCACCUCUUUUGAUGGUCUCACUGACGACGAGACAAAACUCAUCAAAGAUUACCUACAAGAUCUGGUAGUUGCUAGCCAUGAUAUUCAAGUUAGAAAGAGAUGGGGCAAGAACGACAUUGCUAUCUGGGACAACCGGUCUGUUUACCACUCUGCCACAAACGAUUACUUUGACGACAAUAUCUACGAGAGAACCGGUGUUAGAACCGUAGGAAUUGGUGAGAGACCAUACUUUGACCCUACUAGUAAAGCUAGAAGUGAAGACCUUCACGCAUCAGGAUUGUCUGUGUAG